UAAGCAAAAAUAUUUUAGGCUAACGGCAGAAUGAAUAUGGUUGCUAAAUAUUUUGCAUCAGAACAUUUAGAAUGGAAAAACUAUCAGAUUGCAAUCCUUGGAAGAAUAAUAAAAAAUACUUGUAGUAAUCCUGUAUCCUAUACUACAGUUUGUCAAUAACUUUCAUUCCCUAGCUAACAAAAAUAUGUAACAUUCAAGUUAUGAAAAUAUUGUUUCUGAAUUCUCAAAGAAUUUCAACUUUAUAAAAAGUUUUAUUAAUGCACAUUGUUCAUAACUUUAAGUGCAAAGGAAAUUGCACUGUUUUAGAUGCUAUGAGCCUCUGGUUUUCCUAAUUUUAAGACAUCCUCUUAUAGAAAAUACAUAGCUUUAAUUCAGCUCCCCUGGACUCCUCCCCUUUGCAUCAAUGUUGUAUAAAUGAAACCUUGGCAUUGGCCAUCAACACAGCCUGAAAGGAUGAGACUGUAAAACUAUGGAGAAACUUGGCAUGAUUCUGUUUGUUGCAUUGCUUGCACUUUUUGCAGGGAAUGGUAGGAGAUUUUUACUGCAUGGAUGGAGUAAAUUCAUUAAUGUUUCUUAUUUAAUUGGUGAAUGUGUUGCUUACUUAUUUGACAAGUUAAUUCAUCUGAAUAUUCAUCCAUAUAUUGGAUUUGUUAUUUUGGAAGUGUAUGUGUUUGUUUUAACCAAUGCAUUAAAGCUUGUGUGCAAAGAUGCUACUGACAUUUCAAUUCAAUAUAUACAAACACAACAGUACUUGGAUAAUUGUGGAUAUUAUUUUGUCUCAGUGCAUCAUGCUGAAGUACAGAUUCAGAAUUGGACAUGUGGUUAUGGAGGACUCUGUCGUCGCUUCUGUUUUGAUCAAGAAUACAUUGUUAGUCACCAUGGUUGUCCACGCAGAUACAGAUGCUGUGCUGUGCGGUAUUAA